UCUGCUACUGUCACGGUGUGAAAGAACAGUAUCUUACACCGUGACUAGCAAUUUCGUUAACUGAACAACGAUAAUACGAUAUACCGUAAACAACGCAUGGAAGAAAUUGUGUGACGUGUGAAAUAGUGUUGCUUGGACAGUCUGCAGAUGUUCUGUGGUUCGACCUCUCUGGUUCUAUACUCUCUGGUAAAGAACUUGGAAAAGUGCAAAUAAAGUAAAAAAGGUAAUGAGCCAGUUCAGUAAACCGAUGUUGAUAAACUUAGCCAUGUUUCUGGUUACCAUCAUGCAUGGCGCUUGGAAAGACCUACCCGCGUAGAUAUUAUAAAACAUCAAACAAGCAUUGUAAAUUUGUUAGUGAUGGGCGAGGAUACUCCAACCGCCUGUUUAUGGACUGUUACGGAUUGCAGUCGUGGUGGGAAUGUGUGUAGAUCAGUAACAGAUGGGAAAGGGUAUUCGUUCAGUUAUUAUGGCAGUAAUGUAAAUGUUACUUCAAAAUUGUUAAAAAAGUUGUCAGAUGUUCUCGUGCCAGAAUCAGUGAUUAAAGGUGAUUGUUAAAUUCAUGGAGAACAUAUAUGCAAUAGUGAUUGUCAAAUGAUUUUCAAGUUUAAACCAUCUGUUUAUUAAAGUUAAAUAUCCAGGUUGAAGGAACAUUAUUGAACUUUGCAAUGCACCACUUUCGGCAGGCUACUGAGGGUUAUGGGUAAGGCAAAGUUUAAAAUGAAAUUAUCUGGAUGUUUUUGGUUUUCAAAAUAAACAAGUCAUUAAAUUAUUUAUAAGUAAUAUUAAUUUCCAUCCAAAAAGUGGUUUAGUUUUUAUAGUAAAAUAUUUGUAAUAUUUCACUCUUUAUGUUGAACCUACACAAUACAAAUGUUUUGAAAGUUAAGAAAUUUUAAUUUAAGGGUAUAAAAAUGGUUGUUUUUUAAUAUUUUGUUCAAAAAUCAAGAAAUACUUCAGAUCAAAAUUAUUCUGUGUUUUAUAUUUGCUUGAAACACCAUUCUUGAAACUGGAUUUCAGUAGCAUCAGUUAACCCCCUCACAAUAUAGAGAAUGAAGUGUCAUCCUAACGGGCAGGCCUGCACUAAGUGACAUUGUUGAAGGGGCACCAUACUAUAUUUUUUAUUCUAAAAGAAAAUAAUAUUUUUAAAAUUUCAAUGAAAAUAUUUACUUUUUUGUGUGUGUUUAAUAAAAUCAGGAAAGUUUAGGUUUGUUUCUCGCUAAUGUAGAAAAUUGAAGAUAAUAGAAAUAAUGAUGGCACAUCUGAAUAAUAUUCCAAAUAAAUUUAAGGAAAAAAUAAAUGUUCAAUCAAUUAAGCAAUAAAUUAUUUAUUAAAAUAAAAAGAAUAUUGCUAUUAUUUAAUAAAGUAUUUCAAAAGUGGAGUAAAAAACUUGAAAUUAUUCCACCAUUUCCACUCUGAGUCACAUCAUCUGUAGGAACACUACUGAGUGAAAGUAUUAAUAACUGAUUGUGUACAUUAUGGCGGGUUAUAAUAAAUAUUCCUUGGGCUCCUGCAUUCUUUUUUCUCAAUUAUGUGUUAAUUGUAGUGCUCUCUUGUGACUAGUUUCGGAAAUAUACAGAAAAAAAUGAACGAUGGCCAUUCCACAUCAGAGGUUGGAAGAUCCACGGGUGUGGCAUCCAGGCUCAUGGCGGCUGCUCAGGCGGAAACUGCGCCGUCGAGCGCAAUCGAGGAAACAGCGUUGACGGUGCAACGCCUGCUGGAGGGCGUAGCGGCGGCCGAAACGGAGGUAGAAGCGGAGGCGGAGAAGGCGCUGCUGGCGGGGGCUCUGGCGGCCGGCGCGGAGGCUCAGGCACUGGCGCGUGUACAAGCUGUCCUGGACCGCACGUGGGAGAGGCUGAACGCGGGCCAUUGGAGCACCGUGCCCCUACCGCGGCGCCGCCUCUACGCGCUGGCGUCUUUGCACAAGAAGGAGAAAGUAUUGUCUAACUCAGCUCCUGCUGUACCACCUCUCUGCAGUGGGCCAACUACGCCUGUGCCUACUCUAUCUUUGCCCUCAUUGCAACAAUUUUCGAAUGACCACUUCAAACCUCAUCUACCAGUGCUUCUUGCAGGUGCUGCAAAUCACUGGCCUGCUAUACAUCGUUGGUGUAGCCUUGAAUAUUUGUGUCAUGUGGCAGGUGCUCGAACUGUGCCAGUGGAAUUAGGUGCUCAUUAUGUUGACCCUACUUGGUCCCAAAGACUCAUGACAUUAGAGAGUUUUGUAGAGAAGCAUGUGAAAUGCGAGAGUCAGAUCUCUACGUCAGAUAACUCUCAACUUGGUUACUUAGCCCAACAUCCUCUUUUUGAUCAAGUGCCAGAAUUGAGAGCUGAUAUCUGUAUCCCAGAAUACUGCUGCCUAAGUGAUAAGCAAGAUGAAUCUUUAGAUCCAGACAUCAAUGCUUGGUUUGGCCCAGCUGGCACCGUCUCACCCCUCCACUUUGACCCUAAACACAACCUGCUGACACAAGUGGUAGGUGCCAAGAGGGUACUGUUGUAUGCACCUGAGGUAUCAGCUGCAUUGUAUCCACAUGAAGAACCUCUGCUCAGUAACACAGCACAAGUAGAUCCAGAGAAUCCAGAUUACACAAGUUUUCCAGAUUUUCAAAAAGCACAAGCUUGGGAAUGCACGCUCAAGCCAGGAGACAUGCUGUAUAUACCACCUCGAUGGUGGCACCAUGUACGCUCACUUAGUGUAUCUUUCUCAGUGUCGUUUUGGUGGGAAUGAUUGUGGGAGUGCUGACAAAGUUUGAACCAUUCUAAUAAAUAAUUUUCUCAUCGGUAAGACAUGGUAAUAGGAUGGAAGGGGGAGAUAAACAGAAACCACCUUACACAUACCACAGUGACAUACUGGCAGUUACUGUAGUAACUAUUGAAAUCCCAGUAUUAUUUUUUGAUAGUUCUCUUAUAAAUCAUUUGAAGUAUUUAUUUCAUGCACAGCACGUACCAACUGAAUAUUUUCCUCAGCAGAAACUGACUAAUAUUCCGAUAGUAAAUACUUGUAAGACAAGUAAGAUACAUCAUAAAUAUCAAUACAAAUUUAUUUAAGGAAAAAUCAAAUACAAUACAUUCACAACGAAUGCAAGCCAUCUCCAGGCAUCUCAAACAGUCUUAUAUGCAGAUACUUAUGUCUGUGUAAGCCAACACACUUAAAUGUUGGCAAUAUUC